AUGUCGCGGCCUGCUGACGGCUUGCCGAGUCAGGCAGGACUCGGUGACAACAGUGCCUCCAAUGCCACAGCCAACCCGCUUCUCUCUCGCGACACCAUCACUCCCCAUUCCGCUCCCCGUCCCCAGGACGAAGAUCACUUCGAACCCAACCGAUCGCGCCCAUUACAAAAGCGCUCGUCGUCCAACAGCGACUCGCAGGCCACCAACCUCUCCUCCGACGACUCGAACCGCGUCUUCUCCCCGCCCAUGAUCGAGCCCGCCGCCAGCGAUGGAGGCCCCGGCAGCGGCCAAGGGUCCAGCCAGGAGUCGCAACUGCUCCAGCUGUCGCAGCUGGCUGCUGCCCAGGACAAGCUUCCCGGUCAUGCCCCGUCCGUCCGCUCUGCCGUCAAGAGGACCGCCGACGGCACCAUCAAGGACCCACGCUUCUCUCCCACGGCCUCCCCUGGCCGGACCGCCAGCCAUUCCAGGAACACGAGUGCCGUGAGCGCUGCCUCUACUGCUAGCAGUCGCGUCACCGAGCUGUCCUCCGAGCUGAAAACACGCCUCUCCUACGCCCUGCUCAAAGUCAACAACGGCUGGGAAUCGCGGAACAUCAACCAGGUCGAGAAUUUGGCAUCGAGGGGCGGUUCCCCGGCGUCUAGCAACUCUACAAUUCCCGGCGCGCCAAGAUCGUCAGCCAGCCCGCGCAUUCAGACUUCACAUGCCCCAGCGCCUCUGACUCCACACGCCACCUCAUUACCCAUCCCAGCCCCUGAGAACAACACCUCGCGAGGCGCUCCAACCAGUCCAGCAUCCCAACACGCAAAUCCCCAGCUCUUGGACGUUCCCUCUCUCGCCCCUCCAGUAUCGAUACAACCACAUCACAGCGAGGGCAAUCCUCGGCGCAAUCCGAAUCCAAAGCACACCCCCAACUUCCCACCGUCACAACCGCACCAUGCCAGUCCGCGCACACCUUCCCUGGCCUCUUUGAAUUUGUCGCCCGGUCCCAGGGGUUUGCAAGCUGCCGGGGACCCAAUGGUGGUCUCUCCCACUCACAACAACCGUGAGAAGGAUGCCAUGGAAGCCCUACUUUUCAUGAGCAGCCCGGGCAACUCUGCGAACCUCAAGCAAUUCCCGAGACCAGCUCAGCCAUUUGAGCGUGUCCGCAAUGGUGCGUCCGCCGCGUUCACAUCACAAAGGACCGCCUUGCCUACUUCAGCACCGAAGAGGAAGAGCCUGCCAAACGGCCGUCCUACCCAUAGCUCACAACCACUGCCCUCGGCGCACUCGCCCAAGAAGCGCGUGGGCUUCGGGAGAUCUCAUAGCACGAUGAGUGAGAUGGAGAUCGACGACCCAACGAGUCCUCGCCGUCACGCCGGUUAUGCGCGUCCGGCUGUCCCACCACGGAAACCAAAUGGCACAGCAGCAGAGACGUUGCCGCCACACGGAAAAUUUGCGGUGCCGCUCACCUCGGCAUCCGGCAGGCCCACGCGACCCAAGCCUAGAAUUAGGUCAUAUGAGGACCUUGACGCAAUGUUGGACCGCGUGGCAGCGGAGGCUUCAUCGUCGGACUCUGAUGAUGAAAUUGACCUUUCUGGGUCAUCGAGAAGGCGCGAGGGUUCCGCCGGCAUACGUGGAUAA